AUGAUCGAGAGUAUUGAUGAGGAAGUCUUUAGUCGUUACUAUGAGUUUGUAUACUCUAGGGAUUACUCUGCUCUAUAUCCCGUUCCGCAAUCUUCUGGGAACGAGGCGAAUAGAUGGGAUUCUUCUAGCCUAAAUUGGAAUCUCUUCCACCUAAAGGGGCUUUUGCUUAAUUAUAAUAUCCUGCUAGCAGAACUUGGCCAUACACCACGAUUAGGAUCUGAGAAGGACUUAAGCAAUAACCCUUUCACGAGCUAUACAGUAGUGUUUCUAAGUCACGCCGAAAUUCAUCAACGAACGGGAGACAUCGUUCGGCUAUUAGUAUUUGUUUUUAAGGAUAGUGAGUAUAUGAGGAAUUUGGAAGUUAUGCUGCGAGACUACAUGGUCUGGAAUAUGGAGAUUUUGAUGCGGAAUGCCGACUUCAAAAGUUUCCUGGCGCGAAACUUGUCGUUAGAAGAGACCGUCUUUCGUUGA